UUAUUCGUUUGCGGUUCGUUGCUGAUUGUGUGAUUUGCAAAUUUCAUCACUCGUAUAUAUUCUAAUUGUCUGUGACUAAGUGAAAUCUAAAGGAAUUUAUAUAAAAUAUAAAGUCUUUUUAAGUAUACUCAUAGUUGUAAAGUGUAUUCAGUAAUUAUAUAAAAAAGAUAUGGAAAUUAAUGAGACGAAUUUGCAACAGUUAGGCGGCUAUUUGCAGCAGACGCUCAGCCCUGAUCCCAAUGUGCGGCGACCAGCGGAAAAAUUAUUGGAAUCAAUUGAAGUGCAACGUAAUUAUGCUGUACUGCUGUUGAAUCUCAUCGAUAAGCAAGAGGUGGAUAUGACAAUACGUAUUGCCGGCGCAAUUGCAUUCAAGAACUACGUGAAACGUAAUUGGGCAGCACAUGAAGAUACAGACGGACCAGACAAAAUACAUCAAGACGAUCGCAAUACGAUUAAAACACUCAUUGUUACGCUUAUGUUACGUUCGCCUUCGGCAUUGCAAAAACAACUUAGCGAUGCUGUGAGCAUAAUUGGCAAGCAUGAUUUUCCCAAGAAAUGGCCACAGCUUAUCGAUGAGAUGGUGGAAAAGUUUGCCACGGGCGAUUUUAAUGUGAUUAACGGUGUUUUGCAAACAGCGCAUUCACUGUUUAAACGCUAUCGUUAUGAGUUCAAAUCUCAAAGUUUAUGGGAAGAAAUCAAAUUGGUCUUGGACCGCAUGGCGAAACCAUUGACUGAUUUAUUGCUUGCCACUAUGCAAUUGACUAAAGUGCAUGAGAACAAUACAGAGGCGCUGAAAGUUAUUUAUGGUUCUUUAGUGUUGGUGUGUAAAGUAUUUUUCUCACUGAACUCACAAGAUUUACCCGAGUUCUUUGAGGAUAAUAUGCCAACGUGGAUGAAGUCAUUCCAUGAGUUGCUCACAGUCGAUGUUCCGUGUUUGCACACGGGCGAAGAUGAGGACGCCGGUGUUUUAGAACACUUGCGCUCACAAAUCUGUGAGAAUAUUGGUUUAUAUGCGCAGAAAUACGAUGAAGAGUUCGGUUCGUAUAUGGAAACCUUCGUGACAGCUGUUUGGGAAUUGCUUGUGAAGACGGGCAAUCAAACCAAAUAUGAUGCGCUCGUCUCAAAUGCUUUGCAAUUUUUGUCGGUUGUCGCUGAGCGCAAUCAUUAUCGCAAAAUAUUUGAAAAUCCCGAAAUACUCGCGAAUAUCUGUGAGAAAGUGGUUAUACCAAAUUUGGACUUUCGUCAAUCGGACGAAGAGCUGUUUGAGGAUAGCCCCGAAGAGUAUAUACGCCGUGAUAUAGAAGGCUCUGAUAUCGAUACACGGCGGCGUGCCGCCUGUGACCUUGUCAAAACCUUGAGCCAGAAUUUUGAGGCGAAAAUAUUUGCCAUCUUUGGACAAUAUUUAGAAAUACUCUUGGCGAAAUAUAAAGAGAAUCCAGCAGCUAAUUGGCGUGCCAAGGACACCGCCAUCUAUUUGGUCACUUCGUUGGCAUCACGUGGCGGCACACAGAAACAUGGCAUAACACACAUCUCCGAAUUGGUGCCGCUACCACAAUUUUGCGCGCAGCACAUCAUACCCGAGUUGGAGCGUCCGAAUAUCAAUGAGUUGCCUGUUUUGAAAUCGGCCGCCAUCAAAUUUGUCAUGGUAUUCCGCAGUAUUUUGGGUCCACAAACACUACUCGCUUGCAUUCCACACUUGAUACGUCAUCUGCCGGCAGAAAGCGUUGUGGUGCACAGUUAUGCCGCCUGCGCCAUUGAGAAAAUACUGGUGAUGCGCGAUAGCAAUCAGCAACCGUUGAUUACGGCACAACAUUUAGCGCCAUUCACAAAUGAUUUGCUCACCGGCCUCUUCGGCACAUUGUCGCUGCCCGGCUCCAAUGAAAAUGAAUAUGUGAUGAAAGCCAUUAUGCGCAGUUUCUCCACACUGCAAGAGGCAACCAUGCCAUAUAUGGCUGUUGCUUUGCCGCGUCUUACGGAAAUUCUCACUUUGGUAGCGAAGAAUCCAUCGCGUCCACAUUUCAAUCACUAUCUCUUCGAGACGCUCUCUUUGGCUGUAAAAAUUGUUUGCAAAUCGGAGCCUGCAGCUGUUAGUUCCUUUGAAGAAGCACUAUUCCCGGUCUUUCAGGGCAUUUUACAGCAGGAUAUUUUGGAAUUUAUGCCUUAUGUUUUCCAAAUGCUUUCGUUGUUGUUGGAAAUACGCGAGGGUAGCGGCUCCAUACCCGAACCGUAUUGGGCGCUCUUCCCGUGUUUGUUAGUGCCGGCAUUGUGGGAUCGCCCCGGCAAUGUUACGCCACUUAUACGUCUAAUAACGGCAUUUAUCAAGCAAGGCUCAGCACAGAUCGUAGCUUUGGCCAAAUUGAAUGCCGUUUUGGGUGUAUUCCAGAAAAUGAUCGCCUCCAAAUCGAACGAUCACGAGGGUUUCUAUCUCAUGCAGAAUUUACUCGCCUACUAUCCUACCGCCGAGCUGCAGCCGAAUAUGCGUCAGAUAUUCGCUUUGCUCUUCCAGCGUUUAUCACUCUCGAAGACUACUAAAUAUCUGCGCGGCAUUAUAGUUUUUCUCUGCUACUAUACCGCCAAAAUGAGCGCAACCGCUUUGGUGGAACUAAUCGAUCAAAUACAGGCGAAUAUGUUCGGCAUGGUUAUCGAUCGUGUCUUCAUACCGGACAUGGCGAAGGUCACAUCGGAGAUGGAUCGCAAGAUCGUUGCAGUGGGUAUGGCUAAAAUACUCACAGAAUGCCCGGCCAUGUUGGCACCACCCUACGUGCAACGUUGGUCCGCCCUGUUGCAGGCAUUAGUCGAACUCUUCGAGUUGCCACCCGAUCAGACCACCCUGGAUGGCGAUCAUUUUGUCGAGGUCGACGAUGCGCCCGGCUAUCAGGCGGCUUUCUCACAACUCAGCUAUGCGCAGCCGAAAUCACAAGAUUUUCUCGCUGACAUAACGGACGGCCGCAAGUACUUAGCCGAGUCGCUGGCCAAGUUGGCGCAAACACGUCCGGGCGAAGUGCCCACGCUGAUCGGCGCCAUUGGCGAAAAUCACAAGCAGGCUUUGCAAAAGUACUGCGAUCAGGCUGGUGUGCGCAUAGUUUAGUGGCGUUAAUUGUUACCAACUACUACUACAACAGCUAAUAAUCAUAACAAAUAAAUAAAUAAUUCGUAAUAAAGUUAA